UAUUUUGUUUAUGAAGUUAGUAAGAUGCACAAAGCAGUUGUCAGUCUCCUAAUAGGUCUCUGCUUGUCUGGUAACAUUGGUGUGACAACAGGUAACAACAAAUACAGUGGAACUUUUGAGAAACAAAUUGCAUCAUCUGGUGGCGCCAAGCAUUUUAGUGUUCAUUAUAAAAAAUGCUACACUUCUAUCCCUUCCUCAGUUCAACUUACACUUACCACUUAUCCCAUCCAUUUGAAUUUUAUUCUUUCAGUCCCCCAUGUGUUCCAAAGUUUCUUUGUUGCAAAAAUGGAAAGGCGAUUCCAUCCAAAUCUAGGGUGGGACAACUCAACAUUUGUAGUUGAUUGGGUGGCAUGUUUCGAUUCAGUGGGAAACUGUGCUCAACCACCUAUAAUUGCAGAAUAGCCAGAUCCAGAUCCAGGGUCAAUUAUAUUAAACUGAAAUUAAAGCAACUUGACAUCAAAGUAAUAAAAAAUAAAUCAUUACAAAAUUAAACAAAAAAUCGUCUAUAUAAUUUUUUUGUAGCAAUAACAGCUAUCCAUGUAACCUAUCCAUGUGUUUUAUAUCCAACAAUUUAGUUAGCGCGCAUUUGCUUUGAUUUGCCUAUUAUUGUAGUAAAUGUUUCAGUUUUUUUGUUGAAUUUGAAUUUACUGUAAUUAAUGAUUUUUUUAAAUCUUACUUUGUGUUUUAGGAAUUCAAAUAUUAUCUCAAUAAAACAUAUGAACGUU